CCCACAUAAAAGCGGGCCUUUGGUUUGUCGGAGUGCCUGAGAGCAGUGUCCACCAAUUCGGUUAGCGGCUUUUCUCGGCAUGCAAACGCGACUUCAUCACGCUUCCCGUGCCUCUACCAACAACGUCAACCCAAGAGACUUCACUUCGGCGAGCAGCUGGCUGUAUAGCUUCACUUUGGACUCCCCGACCGCCAAGCUCACCUCACUCCUCCGCGUGUUUGUCCCUAGUGCCCGCCAGCUUUCUUGCCGCCCUUGCUGCCCCGCCAUCGUCCUCAUCCACCUCUGCAAGGCAGCGGACCCACACGCGCUCAUCUCCCUCCCGCUUCGACUGCGCUCUACCACCCCCCAUCGCAUCCUACAGCUUUAGCCAAGCUCUUUGGGAAACAUUUCCACAUUCAGGCUGAUUGGGAGCGCUUCCCGUCGCGCUGCCGCCCGCCAUGUCUCUCUCUAUCGAUGAGCUCGACGCCACAGUGCGCGCCUUCUACGAGGGUCGCGGCGAAACACAAAAACAAGCUCAAGCUACGCUGAAUCAGUUCAAGGAGAACCCAGAUGCGUGGCUUCUCGUUGACAAGAUCCUGCAGGAUGCGCAAUACCCCCAGACCAAGUACUUGGGACUUCAAGUACUCGACAAUGUGAUCAUGACGAGGUGGAAGGUCUUGCCUCGCGACCAGUGCCAGGGCAUCCGCAACUUCGUCGUCAACUUCAUCAUCACGCUCUCGAACAAUGAUGACACCCGUCGCGCCGACCGCACCCUGCUCAACAAGCUCAACCUCGUCCUUGUGUCGAUCUUAAAGCAAGAGUGGCCUCACAACUGGCCAACCUUCAUAAACGAGAUCAUCUCAUCGUGUCACAGCAGUUUGGGGAUCUGCGAAAACAACAUGGUCAUCUUGCGACUCCUGUCCGAGGAAGUCUUUGACUACUCCGAAGAGCAGAUGACAUCGGCUAAGCGGAGAGAACUCAAGCAGAGCAUGUGUGACGAGUUUACGUCCAUCUACCAGCUCUGUUCGGAAGUCCUGCGAACUGCUACCGAGGCAUCCCUGAUCAAGGCGACACUUGAGACAUUGCUGCGUUUCCUCAACUGGAUCCCUCUCGGCUACAUCUUCGAAACGCCCCCCAGCGGCCAGAGUCUCAUUGAGACCCUCCGAAGCCGAUUUCUCGAGGUGCCCGAGUUCCGUAACAUCACCCUGAAGUGUUUGACGGAGAUCGCGGGCCUUCACACCGAGCCAGCCUAUGACGAUAAGCUCGUCGAGAUGUUCACAGAGACAUUGACAGCGAUCUCGAAGAUCAUCCCGCUCUCCCUCGAUCUGAAGAGCACGUAUGCAUCCAGCAAUAGCAGAGAUCAGGAGUUCGUCUUGAAUCUUGCCCUUUUCCUAACUAACUUCUUCACCAUGCACUUGAACGUGAUAGAGAACCUCAUGAACAGGGACUUCCUCACCCACGGUCAUUUCUACCUGAUUCGCAUCAGCCAAAUCGACGACCGCGAGAUUUUCAAGAUCUGCUUGGAGUACUGGACCAAGCUCGUCUCUGAGCUAUAUGAUGAGAUGCAAGCGCUUCCCAUCACGGACCUCAACCCUCUUCUGAAUAUGGGAAUCACAGGCAGUAACGGUCGCGAUUCGUCAGCGUUGGCAAACUACCCUUUGCGCAAGAAUAAGUACACGGAAAUUUUGUCCAACCUUCGAACAGUCAUGAUUGAAAAGAUGGUCAGACCAGAGGAAGUGCUCAUUGUUGAAAACGAUGAGGGUGAAAUUGUUCGCGAGUUCGUCAAGGAGAGCGAUACAAUCCAGUUGUACAAAUCGACCCGAGAGUGCUUGGUCUUCCUGACACAUCUGGACGUCAAUGACACAGAACAAAUCAUGUCCGAGAAGCUGGCGCGACAGGUCGACGGCACAGAAUGGUCUUGGGCCAACUGCAACACUCUCUGCUGGGCUAUUGGAUCCAUCUCCGGUGCCAUGAACGAGGAGACUGAGAAGCGAUUUUUGGUCACUGUGAUCAAGGACCUCCUAGGCCUGACCGAGAUGAAGCGAGGAAAGGACAACAAGGCUGUCGUCGCCAGUAACAUCAUGUACAUUGUCGGACAAUACCCGCGAUUCCUGAAGGCUCAUUGGAAGUUCUUGAAGACUGUUGUCAACAAGCUAUUUGAGUUUAUGCACGAAACGCACGAGGGUGUACAAGACAUGGCCUGCGACACAUUCAUCAAGAUUGCCAACAAGUGUCGUCGACACUUUGUUGCGCUUCAGCCCGGCGAGAACGAGCCCUUUAUCGACGAAAUCGUACGGAAUUUAAGGAAGAUCACCGGGGACCUUUCGCCUCAGCAGGUUCACACGUUUUACGAGGCCUGCGGCUACAUGAUCAGCGCCCAGGGGCAGAAGAGCAUGCAGGAACGUCUGAUUCACGAUCUGAUGGCAUUGCCUAACUCUGCUUGGGAUACCAUCAUCGGCCAAGCAAACCAAAAUCCGGCAUGUCUCCAGGACUCGGAAGUCAUCAAGAUUGUCGGUAACAUCAUGAAGACCAACGUCGCUGCAUGCGGUUCGAUUGGAUCCUACUUCUACCCGCAGAUUGGCCGGAUAUACUUCGACAUGCUGACUAUGUACCGCGCGAGCUCUCAACUCAUCGAUGAGGCUGUCCAGCGAGAAGGCAAUGUCGCGACCAAGAUGCCGAAAGUCCGAGGACUCCGUACGAUCAAGAAGGAGAUUCUCAAGCUGAUCAACACAUACGUGGAGAAGGCUGACGACUUGGAAAUGAUUCACAACAACAUCGUGCCCAAGCUAUUGGAAGCUGUCCUGAUCGACUACAAGAACAACGUCCCUGAUGCCCGCGAGGCCGAGGUGCUGAACGUCAUGACGACAAUUGUCAAUAAGCUACAUAGCAUGAUGGAGGACCAGAUCAUCAACAUCAUGGACAGUGUUUUCGAAUGCACACUUGACAUGAUCAACAAGGACUUCUCGGAAUACCCUGAACACCGCGUCGAGUUCUUCAAGCUCCUACGGACGAUCAACCUACGUUGCUUCCCCGCUCUCCUGAGGCUCGAUGCACGAUCGUUCAAGUUUGUCAUUGACUCGUGCAUGUGGGCUAGCAAACACGACAACCGAGAGGUUGAGAGUGCGGGUCUUUCCAUGUGCUUCGAGUUGGUUUCCAACAUGUCCGAGACAGACCCACAGACCUGCAACUCGUUCUUCCAGACGUUCUUUACAACUAUUCUCCAGGAUGUGUUUUUCGUUGUCACUGAUAGCGAUCACAAAGCUGGUUUCAAGUCGCAGUCGAUGUUGCUGGCGAAGAUGUUUUGGCUGGUUGACUCGGACAAGCUCCAGGGCCCAAUCUACACAUCUCCAGACAUGGCCCCAGCAGGCACGCCAAACCGGGAGUUCCUGCGAAACUUUGUCGGCAACCUGUUAGCCACGGCAUUCCCUAACCUCCAAACUGUACAAAUCGCAUCAUUUAUUGAUGGACUCUUCGCUACCAACUCCGACCUCAACCGAUUCAAGAUCAUCCUACGAGACUUCCUCAUCUCUCUGAAGGAGUUCUCCGGCGACAACGCCGAGCUCUUUGCUGAAGAACGUGAGCAGGAGGCUACCAAGGCUAAGGAGGAGGAACGUGAACGCGCUAUGAAGGUCGGUGGUCUUUUGAAGCCAUCCGAGAUGGACGAUGACGAGUUGUGACUAAACGUUGAGUUGGACGCAAACGUUGCAACACGUACGCCAUUCGACCAUAACCCUACACCGAAUGAUCAUUCGCACGAGCACUCGAACGACCUCGACUGGACCGGACUUCUAUGAUUUUUGGGUCUCGGCGCGACGGCUACUCUGAAGGUUGGUCCUCUGCAAUGCAUUAGAUUGGAGCGCAGUUGCGCAUUUUGGUUUCAAGCGUAGGGAUGAUUUUGGGUCGCGCAGUCUAAUACCCAAUAAACCUUUUUCAGCUCUUCAAUCGGUGUACGAGCAUACAACUGGUUCGGAAGUCGGUCUGGUUUGGAUUGCGUACUAAAAGGAUAGGGGUGUUGUAGGUAUCGGGAUAUCCUGCAGGUCAUAUCUGGAA